UGUCGCAGACAGCAGGCAGAAUAAAAAAAAAAAAAAAAAAACGAUUUGAAACCAUGUAAUUAUGCAUACUUAGGAUAGCAUCAUAUAUAUGGUUUGAAAGGUAGAAAAAGAGAAAUAACAUAUCUUAAGUUGUUCAUGUAUGAUAAAGAGGCCAUGUGUGGCAAGGGGGGCGUGGUUCAGCGAAGUCUGCAGCGGGAGAGAGCGUCAGGAGACGCGGUGAAGUGAGUGGGUUAAGCGCAAAUAACAAACACCUGUCUCUUGUUUCAGUAAUUGGCGUGGAGAGAGUAUUUAAUGCCAGGAGAAACAGGAGCGAGGGAGAGAGAGAAGGACUACUGGCUGCCACACUCCUGGAUACCUGCUGAUUGUCGUGGAGUGAAUUUAUAUCUUGAUUUUUGACUGUUUUGGUGCCUGUCUGCACGCCUUUUUGUUUGUUUUGCACAAUAAAAGCAGCCAGUAGUCACAGCUGACCCUGUCGUCUUCCUUCCUUCCUUACGAACUUUGUUACACUUGUGCCGAAACCCGGGAAGGAAGACGGAAGCCGUUGCCAUGCAAACGCCCGCACCAUUUGAGGAGAUUAUUACAUCCCUCAUGGUCAUGCAACAAGACCAACAUCAGGCCCUGCUGGAGUUAUGUCAAGAUCAGGAGAGGCGGUUCCAGGCCGUCCUCCAAGCCCAGCAGGAGGACCGCGAGAGGUUCCGGAGCUGGAUGGACCGGGAGGUUCGGCCGGGUGUCAUGGACCAACGAGUUGUGCCCACCCACAUCCCACUCCACAAAAUGGGGCCUGAGGACGACCCAGAGGUGUUCCUCGACCUCUUUGAGAGGUCGGCAGAGGUCUGUGGAUGGCCGAGGGGCCAGUGGCCGAUGCGCCUGGUCCCGAGACCUGAAGACCUGAAGAGGGCCUUCACCCAGCAGGUCACCCUUCGAUGUGGAGAUGAUCAUCGACCAAGUGGUACUGGAGCAGUUCAUCACUCGGCUGCCCAGAAGAACAGCCGAGUGGGUCCAGUGCCACCGCCCCACGUCGCUGGAGUCGGCUAUUCAUCUCGCGGAGGACCACAUGGUGGCGUGCCCUGGGGUCGGCGAACCUCUCCCAUCUGCUUCUCUCUCUCUCUUCCAUCUCCUUCUCUCUCUCUCGGCCUGUCCCUUUACCCAGGUCCCAUCCACCCGGCCCUCCUCGCGUCCCGCCCACGUUCCCUAUGCAGCCCAGGGGGGCGGGACUGCCGUCGGCCGGGGUGCACCCCGCUCCUGUUUCUCCGCUCUCUUCAUGCCAGUUUUGUGUGCAAAAAAAUUAUCUUUCACUUGGCAGAAGCUAGUCAAAUUAGGCAGAUUCCAAGAUUGCAGAACAUUAGCAAGCAUGUAUGAAAUGAUCAUCCUCACAAGGUAACAUCCAAAUUUCACACAUUUUGGGUUAAAGGUUUGGUAUUGCAUUUAGUCACCACUUGAUAUCUAUUAUAAGACCUGUCCUGAACGACAUGUAACCUAUACACACGAAAACGUCAUAAGUGGAGAGUUUGUUCGAUGAGUGGAGCUUAUAUUUUUCAGUCAUACUAGCUGUUAGCCAGAGUUUAUUAAUCUGAAGAACCGUUCAACUUUCUUUCCCUUUCACUAGGUUUCAGUGCUGGUUCAAGAGCCACAGAAGCUUUGGCUGCAAGUGAUUGGGGCAUUUCCAGCUGUGGUUCCAGGGAAUGGAAAAGCAAUUCCACGCUCAGGCCGCACUGAAUCCGUCUCUGUCAGUUCCGCCGCCGGUUAUUCUAAAAUCAUUCGGGCUCACGAGCCUCUCCAGCUUCUGAUCAGGCCGACUUUCAGAGAAGCCUGUUAAAAUGAUACAGGACUGCAGACAUUUGAUGAACAACUCGAAGGUGCAGGGAAGAUAUUAAUUUUUCAAUUUGCUGUAAUUAUGUGAUUGCACUAUUACAUUUCUGCUCUGCUUCAUUCCAGGUGCACCUGCAAAUAAUUGAUAGAGCAUGAUAUUAUAUUUACAACUCAUAUUGUAUUUAUAACUUCGAUUGUGAUAUUAUAUUUACUCAUAUUGUGUUCAUUACCAAGGCUUUUAUUGUUUUUGUAAAUUACUGUACAGCACUUAAUUAAAAUUAACUUUUUACUUAUGCAUUUAAUAUGUUUUAUUAUACUUUAUGACCCCACCCUACAAGAAACCAGAAGCAUUCGAAGGUUACAGCUGAAUCUGCUAAAAUGAAAAUAUUAUUUUUUUUUCACUGAAAAAAGUCUUUCUUGGAUUCGAAAUGUACCAGUGAUGUGUUGCAGAAGCCUUUUUGUGGAAACUGUGAUACUAUUUUUAGAAUUCUUUGAUUAGUAGAAAGUUCAAAAGAACAGAAUUGAUUUGAAAAGGAAAUCUUUUAAAACAUUAUAAAUGUCUUUACUGUAAUUUUAAACAAUUUAAUUCAUCCUAACAGAAUAAAAGUAUUAAUUUCUUUAAAAUUGUUACAUACAGAAGAUUUUAUGUUCAGGCAAACAUGUUUACUUAUGCUUUCCUACCUAAACCAGGAAUGUCCAAUCAUGCUCCUGGAGGGCCAACGUCCUACAGAAUUUACUUCAACCUGCCCCUAACAUCUAUACUUGCCUGGGCUGCGUUCAAAAUCGUAAAAAUGCUGCCUUCUGCCAUUGGCGGAUGCAUUGCAAGGUAGGAAAGCAUCAAGGCACGUCUGAAUUCAAUGUUAGCUUCACUUGUGCGCACAGUGUGCAAACACUGUCUGCAAAGUCAUCACCUGGUAGGGCAGUGAGGCAACAAGUCAGCUGCCUACGUUUUGGGACGCAGCCCUGGAAGUUUGAGUGAUUCUGAAGACCUUUAUUAGCUGGUUCAGAUGUGUUUAAUUGGGGUUGGGAAUACAGGACUGUGGUCCUCCAGGAGCAGGGGUUGGGACUACAGGACUGUGGCCCUCACUCUUACAGUUUAAAUGGUUUUAACGUGUGUGUGUGUGUGUGUGUGUGUGGGGGGGGGGGUCUACAUUGAUUUUUAAUGAGACUGGAAGUGGAAAACAGGCAAAGGGAAACAGUUGUGCCCAUUAUUUGUUCUAAAUCCUCAUGGAUACAUUUGCAAAUGGCUGACAAGUCUGACAUUAACUCAAAUACUAUAUCUGGAAUAAGUACUUUUUGUUCCCGUGUACAUAUUCAUGUCAACAGUUACAAUCAUGAUAAAAACCUGCAAGUGCCUGGGUGACUACACCUAUUAUUCAUGUAUGAUUAAGUAGCCAACAUGCUUUACCGCCAUUCACCAAUUCAAGUGCUACUUCCAAUAUCUGUUGGAAGGGCAGCAGUUGCCUAGAAACAGCCGUCACAAUUCAAUCUAUAUUUGUGGUGUUAGUGGUUGUGCAUUGUGCAUUUCAUCAGUUCAAGAUAAACAGAAUGUUCAGCAGCAUCCCAGAUGCUCCGAAGCUUCAGGUGCUGGUCUGAUGCCCCGAACCCCGGGGCUGUGAAGACUAGGGAUGAAAUGACAUGAGUUGAUCAGCCUGUAAUGUUUCAGUCACAGUGUUUACUGGCCCAAGGCCAGUGUGGAAGGAAAGAGAGGAAGUUGAGUCCUUCUUGCCAGAGGCCUCCACCAUUUUCUCGUGUUUGCUCAAACAGGCUACAGUUGUAAAAUGGGGCUGUAAUAAAGAAGAGUCUAGGGAAUGUGGCACAAUAUGGCCGAAUCUAGAUGUUAUUUAUGGUGUUAAUACAGACUUCAGCACUGUUCUUUCUCCCUGUGGAACCUGAGCAGUCCAUGACUCAUAAUGCUCUAAUGACAAUACAGAUUCGAUUGUGGGAUUGAGACUGACACAGUCUCAUAGUCCCUUUGGUAGGAAAUAAGAUGCGUUUCAGAGGAAGUUGUUUGAGAACAUUACAUUCUGUCGUUGUGGUUAAGACCACCAGCACCAUAAACUCUCUCUCUCUCUCUCUCUCUCUCUCUCUCUCUCAAUCUAUCUAUCCACAUGCUUGAAUACUUGAAUUUCAGACACAAGGAUUUAAGGACUGGAAAGUAUGUGAAAACAAGCAUAGGUCCUUGAAAGUGCUUGAAUUAAACAUAUACUAAUUUUUUUAGUAUCAUGGUGCCAUUACAAAAAUUGGCCUUUAUGCACUGCCAAAUUGUUACGUGCUGUGUGUGUUUUGGAUGUUUUUUUGUUUUUUUUGUCUCUGUCAUUCUGUUCUCCGGUUUAGCUGUCUUGCUCUUAGGUCUCCGCUGAAUGGAGUAAACCAAUCAAGUGCCGCCCUGCUGGUUAAAGGUUUCCCGGCGUGUCCUGAUUAGCAGCUCAGUGUGUGUGUGUGUGUUCAGGUGUUUGAGUUAGAACCUGUUCAGACUUUGUAUCUCUUUCGUUAUGGACGUGUGUAUCCAACACUUGAUUUUGUACUCGUUAAGCUUUAUGCUCAGAGUUGUUAAGAGUAACUGUUUAUUACCUUUUGGGGAAACAGAGAACAGGUAAGCAGGUCGCGCGAUAUACAUACUGCCCCCAGCUAUCAAGUGUUAGACACAUCAGGUAAGAGAGGUGAGCGCCCUCCUUGUAAUUUUGUUCUUAGUUAGGGUAGAUUAGGGUAGAUUUAACGCUGAAGAUUUCGGGUUUGCUUUUCACAUUUUUCUUUGGUUAGUAAGUUUAGAGGGUUUUGGGGAACUUAUGAGCUAUAUUGUUUUAUUCUUUUCUUUUCUGAAAUUUGGCACCAUCCUAGUUCCUUUUUCCCCAUUAGUUUAUUUUAUUUUUCUCUAGUUAUAUUUCCUUCAAAGUGCAUUGUAAUAUAGCUCGCACAUACUGUCUAGUGGCUUCGGCUUUAAAUAACUAAUAAAUCA